AUGACACCCGUGAGGCAGAACCACGAUGAACACCAUCAGUUUCUGAGGAAUGGUGUGCAUCUGCACCAGGACGAGACCCGGAACGCAUAUAUGAAUGACAACAGGGCAAAAUGUUGGUCCGCGGUUCUUAAGGUCAAGGUGACAAGGUGGAUAUUAUUUGAAAAUGGCAUCUCAACAUAUGCUAGCCCAGAGCUACGAUUUGUUUCUGCACCGCACAUGAUGCGCUUAUUGCAAGAGGGCUUCUCAAAACCACUUAUAAAAGGGGCCGCCAACCUCCUGCACAUCGGAUUGGAAUGCGCGCUGGAUAUUGAGCAAGUCUAUGUGCUUCAAAAUUGCGAUGUCCUCCUGCUUCGCUAA